UUUAAAUCACACCCUUUGUUACUUUCUCUCUCUUCUUUCUCCUAUUUCCCCUCUUUCUCUCUCUACUCUGUUUUUUCUCUUGAUUUAUUUUGGGGGUCAAAUUAGCUCAAAAUGAGUGAUUAAAAAAUGAAAUGGGAAAACCAAUUUGUUUUUAAUUUUUGGUAGUGUGAACUGUUGUUGUUUAUUGUUGAGGAAAGUUGAAUUCUUUCCAUUUCACACACUCUUCUUCUACAAAUCUUGAAGAAGAAAUUUCCAUGGAUUGACAAAUCUAGGGUUUGAAUUUUCACCAAAGGUCUGUCUUUUUUCUUGACUUUUAUUUAUUUAUUUGCUUGAUCUUUGAUUUUUUACCAUUUCCUACUUAAAUCAACUUUUUUUCUUUUCUGGGUCUUAAUUUUAUUUGAAGAAUUAGUCAAUUUUCAAGUCUAACUUGUUGAAUUCCUACAGAAAAAUUGAAUUUUGUUCUUGAAAAUUGAAUCUUUACCCUUAAUUCUCAAGCUUAAUGGGUACUUAAAGAUUCUAUCUUUUUGCUGAUUUAACGAAUAAUUUGUGGUAAUUAUGGUUGAAUUUUUUCUGGGUUUUUGGGGGUGGGAGUUUAUUAGGGUUUAGAAAUUUCAAUUUCAUUUUCUUUUUGCCCCAAUUAUUUUUCCUUCAUACAAAAUGGAGGGAAUUGAGGAAGCUAACAAAGCAGCAGUUGAAAGUUGUCAUAGAGUUCUAAACAUAUUAUCUCAAACUCAAGAUCAAACCCAAUUUAGGAAUUUAGGUUCUGAAACUCAACAAGCUGUCACAAAGUUCAAGAGAGUUGUUUCUCUUCUUAGCAAUGGUUUAGGUCAUGGAAGGGCUAGAAUAGUUAAGCAUAAUAGAAAAAACCCUUUUACUCAAUCCCUUUUUCUAGAAUCUUCUUCUAAUGUUGCUGCCAAGUUUGAACAACAACAACAACAACAACAACAACACCAACACCAACAACACCAACAACAAGCUGUUAAGCCUACAUUUCAAUUGCUGAAACCCAAUUUGAAUGAGACCUUAAUUCAAGAAAAUGGAUCCACAACUGGGAAGAGUUGUCUGUCAAUGGGUGGGAAUUUGUCACUUGAGAUGAGUUCAGGUGGGAAAUCAACCCCAAACUCAACCCCAUACCCAAACCCAAACCCGAACCCAAGCCCAAACCCGAUUCAGGUUGUUCAUCCAAGUUCAACUGCACAUUACCAGUUGUUUCAGCAACAACAGAAGCAGCUUCAACAGCAGCAGCUUCUACAGAAGCAGCAGAUGUUGUAUCGAAGGAGUAAUAGUGGGAUUAAUCUGAAUUUUGAUAAUUCUAGUUGUACACCAACAAUGUCAUCAACUAGGUCGUUUAUUUCUUCAUUGAGUGUUGAUGGAAGUGUGGCUAAAAUGGAUGGAAACGGGUUUAAUUUGAUCGGUGCGAGUCACUCUUCCGACCAGUUACUGAAUCAGCAUAGGAAGAGGUGUUCUGGCAAAGGGGAAGAUGGGAGUUUGAAAUGUGGGAGUAGUGGAAGAUGCCAUUGUUCUAAAAAGAGGAAGAAUAGAGUGAAGAGAUCAAUCAAAGUUCCUGCUAUAAGUAACAAGCUGGCUGAUAUCCCUCCGGACGAGUACUCUUGGAGAAAAUACGGGCAGAAACCAAUUAAAGGCUCUCCGCAUCCUAGGGGUUACUACAAGUGUAGCAGCAUGAGAGGUUGCCCUGCAAGGAAACAUGUCGAGAGGUGUUUAGAAGAUCCGUCAAUGCUUAUUGUUACUUAUGAAGCCGAGCACAAUCACCCUCGCAUACCAUCACAAUCGGCAAACACAUGAUUCAACGGGUUGCAACGAUGAAAGCCUCCUCAAACUUUUGUGGAAAAUGAUGAUAGAUUGAUCUGAAUUGCUCCUGUACAUAAGUUCCUUUGACUCAGGCAAGUGCAAAAGUUAGGAUUUUAGCCUUUUAAGUAGUAUUUUGGGAGCAUUUUUUGUGGGGUUUUUUCGAGAUAUCAUUUCCAAGCUUUGUAAUGGCAUUAUAAUGAGGGGUUUCAACUUUCAAGGGUUCAUUCAAAGUGUAAAAAUCUCUUCCAUUUGACAUUCUAAGUUUAUUACAGUUGAGGAGGUGUCUAUAUGGUUUAGAA